UACUGCACUUGAAUCCACGUACAUGUAUAUGUAAUCGCUUCCUUAUAUUAAAUUAAAAGCGCAUUUCAAAAGUUUAUCUACACCGCUUUCAAGAUGGCUAGGUUUUUUGUCUAAAGAAUAGAACAUUGGGAAAUCGCUUCGUUAUAAAUCUUAGCAUAAGACACAACGUAUCGUAAAGCUAUCCGAAUCAGAAUUAUUCAAUCAAACUGAAACUUAUGAUGUGUCACAAUGUUGCUUGAAGUUCCCGGUAAACGACUUACCUCUAUGAUAAUACUGCAGGCAAAGUUUGUAAUAUUCCGGUAAAGAAAAUCCAUAAUUGUACGGUUCUUCUUUGGCUCCUUUUUCUUGAGCUCCUCCGGUUUCGAUAGAGGUGUUCUGGUCCUCAGUAAUUGUUAAAUCUUGUGGAUUUUCGGCAAUCUCAAGAUUGGGUUCACCGUCCGCCAUAUUGCCACGAGUACGAACCAAUAACACACGAACGCGCAUGCACAUAUUUUCACUGUAACCGGAACCGGAAACGAAUGGAUCCAGACGAAUAAAGGGGACAAAUAAAGGAUAAAUGAAGAAAACUAGACCAAAUGCGUUAUUUUUCUAUGAUUAUUAUUUUUAAUUAUUAUUAUAGAGAUUCGUUUAGUCAGUAAUUUACUUCUCCAAUAUUUAAACCCAAGAGGUUUUCUUUCAAUUUCGAUCAAUCCCGUCACCCCCGGGGGAGCGGGAGGGGGGAGUGAGAACGGGGAGGCUCCGCCCGAAAGGGGAAUUUUUUUCAGGUUUGAGGAAUACUAGGGGCCGCCCCUGGCCCCGCCCCUGAGGAAUACAAAAGGGCAGGGAUUUUGCAAGUUUAGUCAUGUGAAAGGGUAGGGAAACCUGUCCUGCCUUUAAUCAAAUAUUUCGAGCAGACGUACCUUGUGGUUGUAGACAUGCAGCACUACAUGAAAAUGAAAAAGAGACUUCUCCCAUUUUUUGGGGACUUAUUCACAAUACAGGCUAGUUAUUUAACUAUGUGGAAGGGGAACCUUUUUUAUUCAAUUAAAGCUAUACGAAAGUGGUACCUCUUCUGUCAAAAUGGUGUACAAAAUGGUCAGGGAUUAGACCUCGAGGCGGAGCCUCCUCGUAUAAAAGUUUGUAGAGUACCUCCUACCCCACCCCCUCCCCCUCACUCGCUCCACGGGUCCCGACACCCUUCCACCCUUCUUGCGCCGAAAACAUGCUGGGACCUGGAUGUGUUAAAAAUUAAAGAACAUAAAAGAUCCUAAAAGAGAAGAGAGACUAGACUGACGAUUCUGGCAAGAUCGUCAUGGUCCUCAUGAUCACGUGAUAUUUACAGAGCUUUUACAAAACUAACAAUAUUAAUGUUUGCAAAAUAGUCUGGUCGCUAAAACUGACUGUACUCUAAUAACAUUUUUUUUUUUCGCGUGAGGAUUCUGUGGUCACGAUACCGACAUCUUGUUUGAAGCCUUUCUGCCAAGUAACCUGAUUUUAAACAAAGCACUUAUAACCAUUACUUAUUUUUUGAUCGAGAAAUGUAUAUUCGUAGUUGUGCGCAGCUGGAUCGCAUGUGGACCUGACUGUCACGCUCGCUGUAGUACAAUAGGGGUCAAAAUAACAAGACGGUGUUGGAUAUACACCUUAUUAGAUGACAGCCUUGGCAAAUAUCACGCAAGCCGGCUUUCUCCUGCAAGCAGCUGCACUUAUUAGCAGUCAAAAUGGAUGCGUUCGAGAGCAUAUUUUGCCUUCUGCUCUUUAUUCUUGUCAUGAACCCAAAUCAUGCAACAGCCGAGAAGUCUGCGUGUCGCAGCGAGAUUUUCUGUCGGGGUGAUCUGCUACGCAAAGUUCAAAUGGCCCGCAUUUUCAACGAUUCCAAGGCGUUUGUGGACAUGAGACUGCAGAAGGACGAAACGGAUGUUCUCCGAUCUUUCAAAGCUUUGCCAGAUAACCCUUCCGAAGAUCAAGUGUUCAGGUUUGUGAAGGAUAACUUUCUUCCAGCAGGGCAUGAUUUGGAGGAGUGGUCGCCACCAGACUGGAGAGAAAACCCCGAGUUUAUUAAACGUAUCAAGGACGCUAACCUCAGGGACUUCGCUUCAAAGCUCAAUGAAUUGUGGAAGAAACUAGGAAGAAAGAUCAGCGACGAAGCCCGACAAAACCCUGCCCGAUCUUCCCUGAUUUUGGUCAAGAAUCCAUUUAUUGUUCCCGGUGGAAGAUUUCGUGAAUAUUACUAUUGGGAUUCCUACUGGCUUGUAGACGGAUUGCUCGUUUGCGGCAUGAAGGAUACCGUCAAAGGAAUGAUUGACAACUUUGUCCAGUUGGUGAAGACCUAUGGGUUUGUCCCAAAUGGUGGUCGCAUUUACUACACGAACCGAAGCCAGCCCCCUUUUUUGAUCCCCAUUGUGGAACUUUACCUUAACAACACUGGCGACGAAGACUACGUCAAGUCAAUUCUAGAUGACUUGGAGAAAGAAUACACUUUCUGGAGGGAAAAUCGCAACGUUGAAGUUGAAGUGUCCUCAGGAAAAUAUAACCUGUCGAUUUAUUCCGCUAACAUGGACACCCCACGACCAGAAUCUUACUACGAAGACUUUCAUACAGCUCAAGCAAUACCUGAAAAUGCCAGACCAGCUUUGUACCAAGACAUAGCCUCCGCUGCCGAGAGUGGGUGGGACUUUUCCACCCGGUGGUUUAGCCGCACGAGGUCAGAGCAGGGAUCCCUUAGUGGCACCCGAACACGGCAGAUUGUCCCCACGGAUUUGAACAGUGUCCUGUAUCUCAACGAAAAACUUCUAGAGAAGUUCUUUCGCAUGGCCGGGAACACAGCUAAAGCAGAUCAAUACAAAGGGUUUUCAGAAGCCCGUCUAGCUGCUAUCGAAGCUGUGUUGUGCGACAAUAAAACGGGUUUGUGGCUCGAUUAUGAUCGGCAGUUGAAAAAGAAGAGGCAUUAUUUUUACGCUGCUAGCAUUGUACCACUGUGGGCUGGAGUUCACCGGGGCAACCCGGCAAAAGAAAGCCUUGUUCUCCGCGCGCUCAAGCGACUUAAAGUUCUCGAUUACCCAGGGGGAUUUCCCACUUCCCUAUCGACAUCCGGCCAGCAAUGGGAUUUCCCAAACGCCUGGCCCCCUCUGCAGCAUAUGUUCAUAGAAGGCCUCGCACAGUCUAGCAGUAAAGAACUCCAGGACGAAGCCUUGAAAUUCGCGCAGAAGUGGAUCACUACGAACUACAAGGCUUGGCGCUCCACAGGUCACAUGUUUGAAAAGUUCAACGUGAGUGUGCAAGGCGCUCCAGGGGGAGGGGGUGAGUAUAAAAUUCAGAUCGGGUUUGGCUGGACCAAUGGCGUUGUAUUGGAUAUGUUACGCCGAUAUCCUGACAAGUUAGUGAGUGGAGAAAAUCCCACAACACGAUCCGCCCGGCCGGUAGUGAAAGCCGAAGGAUAUAUAGUGCUAAUGACCUUCACCGUCUUGUUUUGCAGUAUUGUUUUGAGUGUUUUUGUAUUCGCAGUCUAAAGUUUAUUUCCGCGAAAA